AAAAACUCCAGAUGUGGGUUCCAGGACCUAUACAGAAAUUAUGCGAGAGCAGAUGCUCAAAGGAGAAGAAUCUGAGUUACGUAAGAAGAUAGCAGAAAAAUCAAAAGAUGGCACAUUACAAAAGCACUCAAGCAGCAGCAAUGGUGAUUCAUUAGGUGUCACACAACGUAAAAGAGGUAGAUGGGAUCAAACAAUCGAUGAACAAUUUGUUCCAGCAUCUUCAUCAGCACCUAAGAAGAAAGCUGUUGAGGCCACACCUUCCAGUGCACCUACACCCACAUGGGGAGAAGAUCGUACUCCAGCUGAUCAUCGUUGGGAUGAAACUCCAGGUCACAAAGCGUAUCCCGAGACUCCGGGAGCAACACCUGGACAAAGCACAAGAAUUUGGGACGCUACACCUGCGCAUCAAGCCGCAGCCACACCUACACAUUUGGGAAGUGCUGCAGGUGCAGAAACUCCUGGUCAUGGAGACAGAUCCAGGAGGAACAGAUGGGAUGAAACACCAAAAACUGAAAGAGAGACUCCUGGUCAUAACAGCGGUUGGGCAGAAACUCCUAGGACUGAUCGCAUGUCAUCAGAUGUAGGAGGUGGUGUUAUAAUUCAGGAUACGCCGACUCCUGGAGCUUCUAAAAGACGUUCCAGGUGGGAUGAGACACCAAGUGCAGCAAUGACACCUGCUAUGACACCAUCCAUGACACCUGCAAUGACUCCAUCUAUGACGCCGAGCAUGACACCUGGAGGAGGAGCUGGACACACACCUGUGUUGACACCAGGAGGGACAACUCCAGUUGGUCACAAAGCAAUGGUGAUGGCCACACCCACACCAGGGCACUUGGCUUCUAUGACACCAGAACAGUUGCAGGCUUAUCGUUGGGAAAGAGAAAUUGAUGAGAGAAACAGACCGUUCACUGAUGAUGAAUUGGAUUCAUUCUUCCCUGUUGGGUAUAAAAUUUUACCACCACCAGCAGGUUAUAUCCCAAUAAGAACACCAGCCAGAAAACUAACAGCAACACCAACCCCAUUGGGAGGUGCAACUCCUCAUGGUUUCUUUAUCCAGCAAGAAGAUCGUCAGGCCUCCCAAACUUUAGUCGAUGCACAACCUAAAGGAAAUUUACCAUUUAUGAAACCGGAAGAUGCACAGUACUUCGAUAAACUUUUGGUUGAUGUUGAUGAAGAAGCUUUGAGUCCCGAAGAACAAAAGGAACGCAAAAUCAUGAAACUUUUACUUAAAAUUAAAAAUGGUACACCACCUAUGAGAAAAGCAGCUUUGAGACAGAUUACCGACAAAGCCAGAGAAUUCGGUGCAGGACCCUUAUUCAACCAGAUUUUGCCCUUACUUAUGAGUCCGACUCUAGAAGACCAAGAAAGACAUUUGCUGGUCAAAGUUAUUGACAGGAUUUUAUAUAAACUUGACGACUUGGUCAGACCUUACGUGCACAAAAUUUUGGUCGUCAUUGAACCUCUGUUGAUUGAUGAAGAUUACUAUGCUCGUGUUGAAGGUCGUGAGAUUAUUUCAAAUUUGGCAAAGGCUGCAGGUUUAGCUACUAUGAUUUCAACAAUGAGGCCUGAUAUUGAUAAUAUUGAUGAGUACGUUCGUAAUACCACUGCUCGAGCCUUUGCUGUUGUUGCUUCAGCCUUAGGUAUUCCUUCCCUCUUGCCUUUCUUGAAAGCCGUGUGCAGGAGUAAAAAGUCAUGGCAAGCUCGACACACUGGUAUCAAGAUUGUUCAGCAAAUCGCCAUCCUGAUGGGUUGUGCUAUUUUACCACAUUUGAAGUCUCUGGUGGAAAUUAUAGAACACGGCCUGGUCGAUGAUCAACAAAAAGUACGAACCAUUACUGCUUUGGCUAUUGCUGCAUUGGCUGAAGCUGCUACACCUUACGGUAUUGAAAGUUUCGAUUCUGUUCUCAAACCGUUGUGGAAGGGUAUCAGAACACACAGAGGUAAAGGUCUUGCCGCCUUCUUGAAAGCUAUCGGUUAUUUGAUUCCCUUGAUGGAUGCCGAAUACGCUAAUUACUACACCAGGGAAGUGAUGUUGAUCCUGAUCAGAGAGUUUCAGAGUCCUGACGAGGAAAUGAAGAAGAUUGUCUUAAAGGUGGUGAAACAAUGUUGUGGUACUGACGGUGUGGAAGCAAGUUAUAUAAAAGAUGAAAUCUUACCACAUUUUUUCAAACAUUUCUGGAACCACAGGAUGGCCCUGGACAGAAGGAAUUAUCGGCAACUUGUUGAUACCACUGUUGAAAUUGCUAAUAAGGUUGGUUCCUCAGAAAUAAUUACCAGAGUAGUAGAUGAUUUGAAGGAUGAAAAUGAACAGUAUCGUAAAAUGGUUAUGGAGACUAUUGAGAAAGUAAUGGGUGCUUUGGGAGCUGCUGAUGUUGAUUCGAGGCUGGAAGAACAACUUAUUGAUGGUAUCUUGUAUGCUUUCCAAGAACAAACCACAGAAGAUGUGGUCAUGUUAAAUGGUUUUGGCACGAUAGUCAAUCAAUUAGGUAAACGUGUGAGGCCUUACUUACCACAAAUUUGUGGUACCAUUCUCUGGAGAUUGAAUAAUAAAAGUGCAAAGGUUCGACAGCAAGCUGCUGAUCUUAUUUCCAGGAUAGCUGUUGUCAUGAAAACUUGUCAAGAGGAAAAGUUAAUGAGCCAUUUAGGUGUCGUUCUUUACGAAUACUUAGGAGAAGAAUACCCCGAAGUACUCGGUUCCAUCCUUGGAGCCCUAAAAGCUAUUGUCAAUGUAAUUGGUAUGACCAAAAUGACACCUCCAAUCAAAGAUUUACUCCCAAGACUGACACCAAUUCUGAAAAAUCGUCACGAAAAAGUACAAGAAAACUGCAUCGACCUUGUCGGCCGAAUUGCUGAUAGAGGACCAGAAUACGUCUCCGCCAGAGAAUGGAUGAGAAUUUGUUUUGAAUUACUAGAAUUGUUAAAGGCCCACAAAAAGGCUAUCAGGAGAGCUACGGUGAACACUUUUGGUUAUAUUGCCAAAGCUAUCGGUCCACAUGAUGUGUUGGCUACUUUGUUGAAUAAUUUGAAAGUGCAGGAGAGACAGAACCGUGUCUGUACCACUGUGGCAAUUGCUAUUGUUGCUGAGACUUGUUCACCGUUUACAGUCUUGCCGGCUUUGAUGAAUGAAUAUAGGGUUCCUGAAUUGAAUGUGCAGAACGGUGUGUUGAAGUCGUUGAGUUUUCUUUUUGAAUAUAUUGGUGAGAUGGGGAAGGAUUAUAUUUAUGCAGUCAGCCCGUUGUUGGAAGACGCACUUAUGGACAGGGAUUUGGUGCACAGACAGACGGCAUGUGCAGCAAUCAAGCAUAUGGCUUUGGGAGUCUUUGGUUUUGGAUGUGAAGACGCUUUAAUUCACUUAUUAAAUCACGUCUGGCCUAAUAUCUUUGAAUCAUCACCUCAUUUAGUGCAGGCAUUUAUGGACGCCAUUGAAGGAUUACGAGUAGCUUUAGGACCAAUUAAAAUAUUACAGUACACUUUACAGGGUCUUUUCCAUCCAGCAAGGAAAGUACGAGACGUCUACUGGAAAAUAUAUAAUUCUUUAUACAUAGGAGGUCAAGAUGCACUCGUGGCAGGUUAUCCUCGGAUACAAAACGAUCCCAAAAAUCAAUAUGCAAGAUAUGAAUUAGAUUAUAUGUUAUAAAUUUAUAUUAGUUUAUUUUAUAAAUAAGUCAAGUUGAUUUAAUUUUUCUAUUUCAAUCAUUUUUGUAUGUUAAUGAUUGGUAUUCACUUUUUUAAACAUUCACUGCAA